GUUUAGGGGUGCCUGCGUGCACCCCAGUGCUCGCCUCCGGCAGCCCUCCCACAGCAGCAUCCUCCAAACUAGCAUCCCUCCCUAAAUCCUCUUCUCCCAAACCAGUAUCCCGCCCCAAACCGUCUUCCAAGCCAGCAUCCCUCCCCAAAUCCUCAUCCCCCAAGCCAGCAUCCCUGCUGAACUAACAUCCUCCAAACCCGCCUCCUCCAGUCCAGCACCCCUCCGCAAACAGCACCUCCAAACCCGCAUCCUCUGCACCUCUUCGGGGUUUUGGCUCCCCAAACCACCACCCCUCUAAAACCUGCACCCCCCCGCCCACCUCUCCCCAGGCAGCCCCCCCCCCAAACUAACCAACAGCCCUUCCCCAACCCGAGCACCCCUCCCCGUGGCCACCCUUGAGGGGAGGGGGGGGUGGGGGGCCCGUGCCCCCCGAGCAGCUCCGGCUCGGGGGAUUUGCCAGCCCUGAGCGCUGCCGCUUGCGCUUCUGCACUGAAUCACCUCAAUUACAGAUUCGCUUGGAUGAGAUUUGGGAAAGAAAACAGGAAAAAAAAAAAAAAAAAAACACAACAAAACACACACAAAAAAAUAACCAGCCCGCCCUCCUCCUCCUCCUCCUCCUCCUCCCCACCCCGGGCGGGGGGGGGGACACACGGUGGCAUAAAUAGCGGGCGGCACAGCACGGGGCCAGAUGCGGAGCGCAGCCAGCGGCAGGGCGGCCGCCUUCCUCGCACGCGUGGCACCGCUCCGGGCACCCCCGGCCAUGGCCGAGCCUUCGCUGCCCCUCUCCUUCCUCUGCCUCCUCGCCCUCUCCUCCGCCUGCUACAUCCAGAACUGCCCCCGCGGCGGCAAGCGCGCCUUGGCCGACACAGCCCUGCGGCAGUGCCUGCCCUGCGGCCCGGGGAACAGAGGUCGCUGCUUCGGCCCCGGCAUCUGCUGCGGCGCGGAGCUGGGCGGCUGCUACCUGGGCACGGCGGAGACGCGGCGCUGCGCCGAGGAGGACUACCUGCCCUCGCCCUGCCAGCCCGGCGGGCAGCCCUGCGGCUCCGGCGGCCGCUGCGCCGCCAACGGCGUCUGCUGCAGCGCUGACACCUGCGCCGCGGACGCCUCCUGCCUGGAGGAAGGCAGCGAGCGGGCCGAGGAGGCGGCGGAGAAGAACCUGACGGUGCUGGACGGCUCGGCCGGGGACCUGCUGCUGCGGCUGAUGCAGCUGGCCGGCCGGCAGCAGGGCAAGCAGCCCGGCCUCUGAGCCGCGCCGCCGCGCGCGUCCGUCCCCGCCGUGUACAUACGAGCCC